AUGGCGAACCUAAUUGACGAUGUUAUCAGAAAGCUGUGCACCCCCGAAAUUGAGCUUCGGCUCAAGGUCGAAGCCGCAAUAAACCUCCGCGACAGCCUCGACCACUAUGUCACCGGCCCAGCAUACUCGCCGUUCCUCAAGCGUAUGAUGCCGCCCUUCAUCAUGAUUCUCCGACAGCCACCAGUGUUCCAGAGCAAAACGAUGGAUCAAGUCAACAUGCAGAAGCUGCGAAACUGCAUCCUCGAGAUCCUUCAUCGCCUCCCUACCUCGAACACGUCGCCCGAGCCCUUCGAACCUUUCGCCGAAGAAGUCGUGGACCUACUCAUGGGGCUUGUGCGAGAAGACAAUGAAGACAACGCCGUUCUCUGUGUUAAGAUCAUAUCCGAGAUCAUGCGCCACCAACACAAAGUUCUGGGUCCCAAAGUCCAGCCCUUCCUCAACCUGAUACAGGAGCUCUUCGAACAGAUGGCAUUGGUGGUAAAGGAACAGCUGGACGACACGUCGACGUCUGUGGUUGGCCCCCCAGGCGCCCCUUCAACUCCCGGUAGCACCCAAACGAGCUUCAUGCCACACCAACAAUCGCCGAGGCCAGGCUCUCCCGUCGCCCCUGGCGCUGCCGACUUCAGCGCAGAUGCAGGACAACAAUCCGGGCGACCCUUGCUGAAGGGCAUGCAAUCCUUCAGGGUGCUGUCCGAGUGCCCUAUUAUUGUUGUGUCCAUCUUCCAGGUCUAUCGCAAUAGUGUGACAGCCAAUGUCAAGCUGUUCGUUCCGCUCAUCAAAUCGGUCCUGCUUUGCCAGGCAAAAGCGCAGGAGAAAGCUCAUAUGGACGCCGCGGCUAGAGGGACCAUUCACACGGGCGUUAGCCCCAACAUCAAGAAUAGGGUGGCAUAUGGAGAGUUCAUCACCGCGCAAGUUAAGACUAUGAGUUUCUUGGCUUACCUGCUAAGAUCAUACUCCAGUCAGUUGUCGGAUUUUCUCAUGUCGUUGCCCGAGAUUAUAGUGAGGCUUCUGAAGGACUGUCCGCGAGAAAAGUCAGGCGCCCGAAAGGAGCUGCUUGUCGCUAUUCGCCACAUUAUCAACUUCAACUUCAGGAAAAUCUUCUUGCCCAAGAUCGACGAGCUGUUGGACGAGCGUACCUUGAUAGGCGACGGCCUAACAGUAUACGAGACGAUGAGACCGUUGGCGUACAGCAUGUUAGCCGACCUCAUCCAUCACGUAAGGGACAGCCUUACUCCUGAUCAGAUUCGCAAAACAGUCGAGGUCUACACGCGAAACCUACAGGACAACUUCCCCGGCACCAGUUUCCAAACCAUGAGCGCGAAGCUUUUACUUAAUAUGGCGGAAUGUAUAGCCCGCUUGCCGAAUAAAGUCGAUGCACGACACUAUCUAAUGAUGAUCCUCAAUGCCAUCGCCGACAAGUUCGCUGCCAUGAACAAGCAGUACGCCAAUGCGGUCAAACUCUCGAAGCUUUACGCCCAGCAAGCUGCCGACAACACGCCCGAGACAUAUUUGGCCGACAAGGAGCACCCCCCGCAGUGGGACGAAAUCGACAUCUUCUCAGCAAUGCCCAUCAAGACUUCCAAUCCUCGGGAUCGUGCUGCCGAUCCGGUCGUUGACAAUAAGUUCUUGUUCAAGAAUCUCAUGACGGGCUUGAAGAACACUUUCUACCAGCUGAAGAGCUGCAAUCCGACGACUGUGCCAGAUCUGGCUAACGCGCCCGCUCACUGGGUUGAUGUUGCUUACGGUUUUACCGCUGAGGAAGUUGAAGUUAUUGUUAAGCUUUUCCGUGAGGGUUGCUACGUUUUCCGUUACUAUGAUAGCGAGAAGCCUGCAGCCGAGUCACCCUUCACUUCCACAGUCGAGUACAUGGCAAACUUCUUCAUGGUUUCCCUCACAAAAGAAGAGAAAGACCUCCUUGAGACCUUCGCUACAGUUUUCCAUGUUGUCGACCCCGCGACUUUCCACGAGGUUUUCCAACAAGAGAUUCCACGAUUGUAUGACAUGAUUCACGAGCAUACGGCCCUGCUUCAAAUUCCUCAAUUUUUCUUGGCGAGCGAGGCGACAUCACCCAGCUUUUGCGGAAUGCUUCUGCGCUUUCUGAUGGAGCGGAUCGAGGACGUGGGCUCUGCCGAUGUAAAGAAGUCGGCCAUCCUCCUUCGUUUGUUCAAAUUGGCAUUCAUGGCGGUUACGUUAUUUGCGGCCCAAAAUGAACAAGUUCUGCUUCCGCAUGUGGUCGACAUCAUUACUAAGUCUAUUGAGCUCUCGACAAAGGCAGAGGAGCCGAUGAACUACUUCCUUCUCCUUAGGUCCCUGUUCAGGAGUAUUGGUGGUGGUAAGUUCGAGCAUCUUUACAAGCAAAUUCUGCCUCUUCUCGAGAUGCUUUUGGACGUUCUCAACAACUUGCUCCUGGCGGCUCGCAAGCCGACAGAGAGAGACCUCUAUGUAGAGCUUUGUCUCACGGUCCCAGCACGCUUGAGCAAUCUUCUUCCCCAUCUCAGCUACCUCAUGAGGCCUCUUGUGGUGGCUUUGCGCGCAGGGACGGAGCUGGUCGGUCAAGGCCUGCGAACUCUGGAACUUUGCGUUGAUAACUUGACUGCGGACUAUCUGGAUCCAAUUAUGGCUCCGGUCAUUGACGAGCUGAUGGCUGCCCUCUUUGACCAUCUCAAACCACACCCCUACAACCAUUUCCACGCACACACGACUUUGCGAAUUCUUGGCAAGCUAGGCGGCCGAAACAGAAAAUUCAUGACGGAUGCUCUUCCUGUCAAGUAUCGCCAGUUUGCUGAUGAUGUGGCCAGUUUCGACAUUCGCCUUAUCGGGUCCAAAAUUGACAGAGCAUUCCCGGCACAUUAUGGUAUCGAUUUGGCAAUUCAGAAGUUGAUGGAGGUACCGCGAUUUAUGAAGGGAGUGUCGGCCGCACCCACCAAGCAGCAGGACGCCUACUACAAGAGGCAGGCGCUCCAUUUCAUCAAAACCCAGGUGAAACUGCGCGUCGGAUUUGACAAUCUGCCUGAUGAUCUCCCUCGUCUUCUUCGACUCCAAGCGCAGGAUCUUAUCAACAGGAGAAAGGAUGUCGAUAUCUCCGCUUUUGAAUGCACCGACCGCGAUCGCUCGAUCGCCAAGAAGAACGAAGAUGAGGGAGAGCUUAAGAGGCUGAUCAAGGCGCUCAUGUUUGCGCUCUCGCUACCGGAGUUCAGGCCUGAGGUAGAUGCGUUCCUCUUAAACCUCGCCCGGCAUUUUACUAUCAUAGAGGUUGGUCGUGCAUUGGUCGACUCUAAGAGGUCUACUACUCCUUUCAACGUCGAUUCGGGAGCUGGUCCGCUCUUCGUUGACACGCGGAUUCUGUCGGAUGCCCUCCUGGAGUCGCUCGCUUGCGAGAAGCCAGAGGUACGAGAAGGAGCUGAGCAAGUGAUUCAAGAGGUCUACAAUUCUGCCGCCACCAUCUUUGGGUCCCCAAGCCAUGUCUCUAGGCUAGCCUACUUUAACAGCUUGGCGAACACCUUCUGCCACGGCUGUUACGAGGAGGAAUGGUUUACCAAAGCCGGCGGUACCUUGGGUAUCAAGAUCCUGCUGACGAACGUCGAUCUUGGCGACUCAUGGGUUGCUACCAAGCAGAUCGAGUUUGUUAGAGCGCUGAUGUAUGUCAUCAAGGACAUGCCCCAGGAUCUUCCUGAGAAAACCAGACGCUCCGCACAGGUUACACUUGAGAUCCUUCUGAAGCGCCUUACCAAGAAUGCCAAGAAGGAGGAUUGCUUGCCUGCGCAGCCAACACCUCAGCAGCCGGGACAGCCGCAGCCUCAGAAGCAGUCUCGUCUUGCUCAGAUCUGCAUGAUGCUCAACGGCGAACUGUCCCAUAUGAACAGACACGUUCGCAGCACUGCCAAGAGGUCCAUUGAGCUGAUCGCCAAAGCAACUGGGGCUGAAGUCUGGGAGCUCCUUGAGCCUCAUAGGAAGCAACUUCUCCAACCUAUUUUCGCCAAACCUCUUCGUGCUCUGGCAUUUGGUAUCCAAAUCGGCUUUAUUGAUGCUGUUACAUACUAUAUGUCAUUGAAGCCUGACUUCGUCACAUUCGACGAGCACUUGCACAGGUUGCUUAUGGAGUCACUUGCACUUGCUGAUGCCUCGGAUGAGUCUCUUGCGGGCAAGAACCAAGAGUUCAGAACCCGGGAGCAUAUCGUCAACCUUCGUGUAUCGUGCAUCAAGCUUCUCAGCACAGCUAUGGGCUUUGAGGAGUUCAUGAAGGGAUCUGGAAAUGCCACGCGUGCCAAGAUCGUCGGUGUUUUCUUUAAGUGCCUUUACUCGGAGCAAGCACCGACCAUCGAAGCAGCUAACGACGCUCUGAAAUCGGUCCUGUCACAUACCAGUAAGCUGCCCAAAGACCUCUUACAGUCAGGCCUUAGACCGGUCCUACAAAGUCUUUCGGAUGCCAAACGCCUCACUGCCCAUAGUUUGGAAAAUUUGGCUCGAUUACUGCGACUUUUGACGACCUACUUCAAGGUAGAGAUAGGCGCUCGUUUGUUAGACCACAUCAAGGUCAUCGCAGACCCCAACCUCCUCCAGCAGAUAUCGUUCACUUUCUUCGAACAGCACGCCUCGAUUAAGGUCAUUGCGUCUGUCUUCAACAUUUUCCACCUGCUACCUGAUGGAGCUAAGCAAUUCAAAGAGCGUGUCAUUGAGAGCGUUUUGGAGCUGGAGGAAAAGCUUAGGCGGACUCACCACAGCCCUUUCCGCAAACCCUUGUACAAGUAUCUCAACCGAUAUCCCCUCGAUAUUUGGGAGUUCACAUUCAGCAGAAUCGACCAGUUAAGGUACGGCCGUUUCCUGGCCCAGGCAUUACGCGAUCCUGAGAGUCAACCACUCAGGGACUACGGUAUUGGGAAUGUGGAGGCUCUUGUCAAGGCUUGUGGCGACGUUGUCAACCAGAACAAGGAGACCAAAUUUGCUGCUAUUGUCAACACAAUCAACAUCCUCGAGGCGCUGUGCCAGAACUCCAACUCACUGGCUUGGAUGGACAAUAGAGAGCACAUGGAGUGGCUGAAGACCGUUGGCAAGGAGCUUGAACAAAACCUCAAGGCGAACAAGCUCCCUGCAAAUGUCCGCCUCGCUGCAGACCAGGCAUCUGAGCAGCUCAUGGUUAUCUUGACCAAAUCGCUUGAGCGCAAUCUGAAGGACAUCGAACCGUUGCUCAGUCUCAUUGAGUCGAUCACUUCAGAUGAUUUCCGAGAGACGCAUACCAUGCUUUCCUAUCUCUACAAGAAUAUCAUUUCUAGCGACUCGAUUGACUUCUGGCGCACAACCGUACUUCGCUGCUUGGAUAUAUAUGCUGGGAGGAGCGCCAGUCAACGCAUGAAGUGGUAUCUCCUGCACAAUAUCGUCAACCCCAUCGUUGCGAUGGACGUGAUGCGUCACUGGAAUCGCGGUGAACCGGCCAAGAGUGGUCCACGCUUCCUCGAUCGGGCGGUUAUUGAGUCCAUCAACACCAAGAUCUGGAAGGUGAACUUGGCGGAUCCCCAUGACGAUCUUUCACAGCCGCAUAUUGACCACACCAGGAUGGAGGUUCUCCAACUCUCAGCCAUGCUGGUCAAGUAUCAUCAUGCCAUACUGCAAGAUGCGCGUAAGGACUUCAUUAAGUUCGGCUGGACGUACAUCAGGCUCGACGACGUUAUCAACAAGCACGCUGCUUACGUCGUGAUCGGAUACUUCAUUGCUCACUAUGAGACUCCUGCCAAGAUCGUCUCACAGAUCUACUUCUCGCUCCUCAAGACCAACCAGAAUGAGGGUAGGACCUUGGUCACCCAGGCUCUUGAGCUGAUGGCGCCCGUGAUGCCUAAGAGGUGCAAUACCGCGCCCGGCGACAGGAACGCCGUUUGGGCUGUUGCGCCUCGCCGAAUCUUGGCGGAAGAAAGCCAGAACGUCCAACAGAUGACCAGCAUCUUCCACUUCCUCGUCAGGCAUCCGGACUUGUUCUAUGACUCUCGCGACAAAUUUGCCAUGCUCAUCAUUACCUGCCUCCGCAAAGUCGCCGCGCCGCCCAACCCAUCCAACGAGAGCAAGAAACUGGUGUUGAAUAUGAUGACUUUGAUUUGGCAAUGGGAACAGCGUCGUGUUGAAGGCAAGCGGUCAGAACCCACUCGCUCUGUCUCCGAGUCCCCUAAUGCCAAGAAGAGAAAACUCGAAGACCAGCAAUCCCUUUCGCCUGCUUCAGCCAGACAAAGCGAGAGACCCGAAUUCGAGAUCCCGGCUAUGGGCCGCCAGAAGAUGAUCAAGUAUCUGGUUGAGUUCAUCGCUCAGUUGCACGAGCGUCAUCAACUUCCUUCGGCCAAGGGGCGGGACACUCCUGCCACGGCUGUCCCAGCUUUGGCUGCGCCUUCUGGCGAGCUCUGCAAGAAGGCGAUGGCGCUUCUCUACAACCUUCUCCAGCCGCAAUAUUGGGGUGAUCUUGAUUUGGACCUCUUCCAAAACGUCACUGAUAUUGUCCUGACCAGCGAGAAGGCUUCUCUCACAUUGUCCAAUGAGCCGUCCGACAAGGAGAAGGCCGAUGACAAGUUCCUCACCAACAUCAUCAACACCCUUCAGGUCAUCCGCAUCAUUCUUCACUUCAAGUCCGACGAAUGGGUCGUCAAGAACAUGAGUCAUAUUCAAAAGAUUCUCGAGAAAUGCUUGAAGUCAGACAAUCCAGAGAUUCAGGACUGUCUCCACACGGCUGAUAAGCAAUGUGAUGGUGGCCGUGAGGUCCGGCCGAUCAUCAAGCGAAUCCUCGACGCGGUCCCAGAAGAUGUGCCCAUGGAGGACGCCGAUGCUGAAGGCGAAACGGAGGCGCCAACUUCGGAGGCUGUCACGUUCCUAUCCGGGAUUGCCACCGAGAGCAUGGCUGCGACGAACUACGUCUCCGGUAUCAACAUCUUAUGGUCGCUUGGUCGCCGUCGUCCUACAGCCAUCGACCAGCAUAUUCCUGCAAUUAUGAAGUCGCUUCAGUCCAAAUUGGCUAGAGACCACGUUUCCCACUACGCGGCGUUGGCGCAGGGCGGCAUCCCCCGACCACAGCCGGACAAUGCCAAUGCAGCAACCGAAAUGAACGCUUACGACCUGGAGAUACAGACAGGGCUGAUCAUCAAGGCCAUAGAGACCGUUUCCCUUCGCAUGGACAUUCUCGGCGACAACCGUAGACCGUUCCUCAGUGUGCUCGCUACCAUUGUCGAAAAGUCUUUGCACACCGGUCUCUGUGAAAAGAUCCUUGACAUGGUUGAGGGAUGGGUGUUCCGCUCCGAGGGAACAUGGCCUUCCCUCAAAGAAAAGACAGCCGUGCUUUCGAAGAUGAUCACAUUUGAGCACCGACAAGACCCGACCAUGCUUAUGAAGUUCCUCAACCUCGUUCUACACAUUUACGAGGAUCCCAAGAUUACACGGACUGAGCUCACCGUCCGUAUGGAGCAUGCAUUCCUCAUCGGAACAAGAGCUCAAGACGUGGACAUGCGCACCCGCUUCAUGGCCAUCUUUGACAAGAGUCUCUCCAGAACUGCCAGUGCUCGGUUGGCCUAUGUCAUUCUGUCACAGAACUGGGACACCCUUGCCGAUUCAUUUUGGCUGGCGCAGGCGAUCCAGCUUCUUUUCGGAGGAGUGGAUAUGAAUCUUCCCAUCCAGCUACACCAAGACGAUUUCCGGACCUUGUCAGCAUCUCAACUGAUUGGAAGCUAUGCCAAAGACACAAGAGAACCAGCCUUGAUCACCGAUGACAAAUACGACGCGUUCAUGACCAGCCACCGCCGCUUCAUUACCGAGCUUGGAGACAUCAAGGCCCGAGACAUUCUUGAGCCGUUGACCCAGCUGCAACACAUUGACAAUAACUUGUCCAACGAUAUCUGGGUUGUUCUUUUCCCAAUGUUCUGGUCCGCGACCUUGAAGGAGGAUAGACCCGAGCUUCAACGUGGUCUUGUCACUCUUCUUACCAAAGAUUACCACUCGAGGCAGAUGGACAAGCGGCCAAACGUGGUUCAGUCACUCCUGGCUGGAGCCGCCAAGGCUUUUCCUGAGUGCAGGCUGCCACCGCAUGUCCUCAAGUUUGAGGCUAAAACAUUCGAUGCGUGGUAUACAGCGCUCUGUCAGUUGGAGACCGCUGCCAUCAAGCCGGGGGAUGACUCAGCGAUCGUCAAGGAAAGCAACCUCGACGCGCUGGUUGAUCUCUAUGCAUCUCUUGGUGAGGAAGAUCUCUUCUUUGGCACAUGGCGCCGUCGGUGCCAGUUUGUCGAGACCAACGCAGCGCUUUCGUACGAGCAGAAUGGCAUGUGGGAUAAAGCCCAAAAGAUGUACGAAGCAGCCCAGAUUAAGGCUCGGACUGGCGUCAUUCCUUUCUCUGAAGGUGAAUACAUGUUGUGGGAGGAUCACUGGGUUCUUUGCGCCCAGAAGCUCCAGCAAUGGGACAUCCUUCAGGAGUUCGCUAAGCAUGAGAAUAUGCAAGACUUGCUGUUGGAGUCUAUCUGGCGCAACACUGAGUACUGGCAGAACCAGGAGAACAGGGAGCAACUCGACAACCACAUCAAGGGCCUGAUGGAUGCGCCUACGCCCCGCAGAAACUUCUUCCAGGCCUUCAUGUCGUUGUUGAAGUAUCACAAUAAGCAAGAAAGCCUUCAUGACUUCAACCGCGUCGUUGACGAGGCGAUCCAGCUGUCCAUCCGGAAAUGGCAUCAUCUUCCCAAGCGUCUCACGACAGCUCACAUUCCAAUUUUGCAGAACUUCCAGCAGUUGGUUGAGCUUCACGAUGCCAGUGUCAUCUGCCAGAGUCUUUCGGCUACUAACCAGAAUAACCUCGAUGCGCGGUCUGGUGAGCUUAAGUUGCUUCUCGGCUCAUGGCGGGAUCGUCUCCCCAAUACAUGGGAUGAUAUCGUUGCAUGGCAAGACCUGGUCACUUGGAGGCAGCACGUCUUUGGUCUUAUCAACAACACGUACCUCCAGCUUCUGCCGCAACAGGGUGGACAGAGCGCUGGCGGUGCUUCGUUUGCGUACCGUGGAUUCCACGAAACCGCCUGGAUUAUCAACAGAUUCGCGCACGUUGCCCGCAAGCAUAACCUUAACGAAGUGUGUAUCAAUCAACUCAGCCGCAUCUACACCUUGCCGAACAUCGAGAUUCAAGAGGCCUUCCUUAAGCUUAGGGAGCAAGCCAAGUGCCACUAUCAAAAUCCCGAAGAGCUGCAGAACGGGCUGGAGGUCAUCAACAACACCAAUCUCGGCUACUUCACCGGUCAGCAAAAGGCUGAAUUUUUCACUCUUAAGGGCAUGUUCCUGGAGAAGCUUGGCCAAAAGGACGAGUGUGAUACAGCUUAUGGCAUGGCACUUUCGCACGAUAUCUCUGCACCUAAGGCGUGGGCAGAAUGGGGUUACUUCAAUGACAGAAAGUUCAGAGAGAACCCGGCUGAUGUGCUCGCCGCCAAGCAGGCCCUUACGUGUUACCUGCAGGCUGUGUCGAGCUACAAGAAUCACAAGUCAAGGAAGCUUAUCGCGCGGAUCUUGUGGCUUUUGAGUCUCGAUGACGCCAACAAUACCAUCUCCAGCGGGUUUGACGACUUCAAGGGCGAGACACCGACAUGGUAUUGGAUUACGUAUAUCCCUCAGUUGCUCACCGGACUCAACCACAAGGAGGCACCGAGAUUGCAAGUGGUUCUGAGCAAGAUUGCUAAGAGCUACCCUCAAGCGCUUUACUUCCUGCUCCGAACCAGUCGCGAAGACAUGCUGCAAAUCAAGAAGGCCCAGGAGAACAAGGAGCGUAUGAGACAGCAACAGCAGCAACGAGCUCAAAGCGCAGCCGCCAGGGCAAGCGCUACUCCUGGCCAGCCUACUCCUGCUGCUACAGCGUCGGCUACUCCCAAGCCCGAAGGUGAUUCCCGACCCGCCACCGCUACUGGGGAUGCUGCUGGGCAAGUCAAGCCCGAAGUCAAGGCUGACGGUGCACUUAACGGUGUUCCUGCAGCAGCAGCUCAGGCCGGCGUUCCUACUCCAAACCCUGCUCAAAUCCAUGCUCCGGGUGCAGUCCCUGGCGUGCAGCCACAGGCUGUCCAGAAGAGGCCUCCCUGGGAACUCACCGAUGAGAUCAUGAGCAUGCUGAAGACGGCCUUCCCUCUCCUGGCGCUUUCUAUGGAGACCAUGGUGGAUCAGAUCCAGAAGCACUUCAAGUGCCCACCUGACGAAGACGCCUACAGACUCAUUGUUGCGCUCCUUAAUGACGGACUGUCAUACGUGAGUCGUAUGCCGACUUCGUAUGCCAGAGACGUCAAGCUUCCAAUCGCAACCGAGGCCAACAUAACUCGUUUUGCGGAGACGAUACUGCCUGCCCACAUUAGAGGUACCUUCGAGCAGGAGUUUGUGAAGGCGAAGCCUACUAUGUAUGAGUACAUCCAGAAACUCCGGAAAUGGCGCGACAAGUUUGAGGAGAAGCUCGAUCGCCGUCGCACAAGCAUGCCUCUGGAGAACUUCUCUCACUAUACGCCGCAUCUCAGCGAGUUCCGGUACCAGAAGUUCGAUGAGGUGGAGAUUCCGGGUCAAUACCUGCAGCAUAAGGACAAGAACCAGGACUUCAUCCGUAUCGACAGGUUCCUGCCCAAUGUUGAUCUCGUCCGCACUUCCAAUGUGUCGCAUCGCCGGUUGAAGAUUCGUGGCCACGACGGUAGCGUUCACUCGUUUGCUGUCCAGCACCCUGCAGCGCGCCAGUCCCGUCGCGAAGAGCGUCUUCUGCAGCUCUUUAGGCAGCUCAACCAGACCUUGAGCCACAAGAAGGAGAGUCGCAGGCGUGAUCUCCAGUUCACGCUGCCGUUGAUGGUACCUCUUGCACCUCAUAUCAGGAUCAUUCAAGAGGAUACUUCAUACAUCACUCUCCAGGGCAUUUACGAGGAUCACUGCCGGAGGUCGGGAGUGCACAAGGAUGAGCCAUUCCUCUUUACGAUGGAGAAAUUGCGCGGGCUCAUGGAUGGCAAGUUGCCGAGUGUGAAGUUAUCUGAACAGGGACAGAACGCUGCGGCUCGUCUUGAAGUUCUUAACGCGAUUCAAGAGAAGUGGGUGCCGCACACGCUUGUGCUGCAAUACUUCCAGGCCAUCUUCCCCGACUUUGCCGAGUUCUGGCUCUUCAGGCGUCGCUUCUCGUACCAGCUCGCCGCGCUCACGUUCAUGACAUACAUCUUGCACGUCGACAAGCGAUACCCGCACAAGUUCAACAUCGCGCGCGGCUCAGGCAACAUCUGGGGCUCUGAGCUCACGGCUAUCAUGGCAGCCAACAAGCCUUACUUCAGCAACACGGAGCCGGUGCCCUUCCGUCUCACGCCCAACCUGCAGACGCUCAUGGGCCCGCUCGCGCUCGAGGGCAUCUUUACUGUUUCCAUGAUGGCCAUCGCGCGCUGUCUGACGGACCCGGAGUUCCAGCUCGAGCAUGCUUUGACGCUGUUUGUCCGCGACGAGAUGAUCUUUUGGUUCACCAGCAGUCACAGGCCGCUGAGCCUGUCGGAUAAUCAGCUCAGAGAGACAGUACAGGCCAACAGCGAGAUGAUUGUCAAGCGGGCGGCGAGCCUGGCUCAGGCGCCGGCGGGUAACUUGCCGGCGUUCCAGACGAUUAUUGAUCUGAUUGCGAAGGCGGUUAGUCCGUUGAAUUUGGCGCAGUGUGAGGCGUUGUGGAUGCCGUAUCUGUGA